AUGGCGUGUAUUACAGGGGAUGAUACAGGAUUGGUUAAAGUGUGGGAUAUUUCAAGGAGCACAGGAGCCACUCUUGCAUUUUCCUACGGAGAGCAAAGCAGGAAGAGGGGAAUUGCUGGUAUGUGUUGGCUGGAUAGUUCGAUGACGAAACUUGUUUUUUCUAUGAAUGAUGGAAUUGUGUCGGUAUUGGACUUAGAAGAGCGUAGUUUGCUGCUGUCUAAAAAACUGGGAUUUGUUGCAGGUUUACCUAACAGCCUUAUUUUUUUGAAGGAGAAUUUUGUCAUGGCUUCUAAAGAUGGUAAAGUAUAA